AAGCGGAUGUGAGCUCGCGAGGCUUUUGGGCGUACCGAGAAGCGCUGGGUUCGGGGGCACCGGGGCUUCUCGUGUGCGGGCUGGUGGACGACCGCCGUCAUGUCGGCUAGCGCCGUCUAUGUAUUGGAUCUCAAGGGCAAGGUUCUUAUCUGUAGAAAUUACCGUGGAGAUGUGGAUAUGUCAGAGGUAGAGCAUUUUAUGCCUAUUCUUAUGGAGAAGGAAGAAGAAGGGACUCUCUCACCUAUUCUGGCUCACGGAGGUGUUCGCUUCAUGUGGAUUAAACACAACAAUUUAUACUUGGUUGCCACUUCAAAGAAGAAUGCCUGUGUAUCUCUUGUGUUCUCAUUUCUAUACAAGGUAGUUCAGGUCUUUUCUGAAUAUUUCAAGGAACUGGAAGAAGAGAGCAUUCGGGAUAAUUUUGUGAUCAUUUAUGAACUGCUAGAUGAGUUGAUGGACUUUGGAUAUCCCCAAACCACAGACAGUAAAAUUUUACAAGAAUACAUAACACAAGAAGGCCACAAGCUGGAAACUGGAGCCCCACGCCCUCCUGCCACUGUUACAAAUGCCGUGUCUUGGCGUUCUGAAGGGAUCAAGUACCGAAAGAAUGAAGUCUUCCUGGAUGUCAUAGAAUCUGUUAAUCUUUUGUGGAUCCAUCAAAAUGAGGGUUUUCUUGUCUGGAAUGCCAGAGCUUCGCCUUGGCUUGAAUGACAAAGUCCUUUUUGAUAAUACUGGCCGCGGCAAGAGCAAAUCUGUGGAACUGGAAGAUGUGAAAUUCCACCAGUGUGUUCGUCUCUCUCGUUUUGAAAAUGAUAGGACUAUUUCAUUUAUCCCACCCGAUGGGGAAUUUGAGCUCAUGUCCUAUCGCCUUAAUACCCAUGUAAAGCCUCUAAUUUGGAUUGAGUCAGUUAUAGAGAAGCAUUCCCAUAGUCGCAUAGAGUACAUGAUCAAGGCCAAGAGUCAGUUCAAGCGCAGAUCUACAGCCAAUAACGUGGAGAUUCACAUUCCUGUUCCCAAUGAUGCCGAUUCACCAAAGUUCAAAACCACAGUUGGGAAUGUCAAGUGGGUUCCUGAGAACAGUGCCAUUGUGUGGUCCAUCAAGUCUUUUCCAGGAGGGAAGGAGUACUUGAUGAGGGCCCAUUUUGGGCUCCCGAGUGUGGAAGCUGAGGACAAAGAAGGGAAACCUCCCAUCAGUGUGAAGUUUGAAAUCCCAUAUUUCACCACAUCUGGAAUUCAGGUUCGUUAUUUAAAAAUAAUUGAGAAGAGUGGCUACCAGGCAUUGCCUUGGGUCCGCUACAUUACCCAGAACGGAGAUUAUCAACUUCGAACACAAUAACGUCAGCUCAUUUACUGCGGCCAAGAAAGUAAAUCAAUAUCCCUGGUCAGAAAUGUUUGGUGCUUGAAGGCGUGGGCCAAGGUUGUCUUGCUAGCUGGAAGUGGAAUCAGGCUGUGUCCCAUAUCCAGCUGUACUUGGACCAGUGUUUUAGUGCAGACGUCAUGAAUGUUUUUUCUUCUUGUUCGCCCCAUUCAGUGUUGUUUUUGUUAGGAGUAGCUGUUGCCUUGAAACAAGGCCAAGAGCCAAUCUUGGGAAAACUUGGCUGGUCUUAUUUCUUUGCUUCAGAAUUUGGGGGCUUUUCUUCCUCCUUUCUGAAGUUCUGUGAGUAUUAGCUGAGCUCCUCAUGCCAACCAUUUGCCUGCUGAUGCGUCUAAAUGCUAGUUAAACUCUGGUGACAUCUUGAAAUCAAUUUUGUUUGCAUUGCUGGGUUGUUUUGGGAAAUUAAUUAUCUACAACGGAUUCCCCAAAUGCAGAGUUUACAAAAUGCAAAAUCAUUUGAUCGAUGGUGCUCGGUUCAAGAAAGAGAACAUGCAGUUGGUGUCACGAGAUGUUCUUAUGUGAUGGCGCGGCCCUCAAAAUGCAUGCCUGACCCCAUCCACUUCUGAAUCACCUAGCCGAGAAGAACAUCCUAUCCAUAUAUCUUUUGCAAGCGGCAACUGAGAUGAACAACAUGCAACUGAAGCCUCUUUGUGGAAUUUGUAAGAUGAUCUGCUUCUCCCUAAACAAAAACCACCUGUAUAUAGAAAACUUACCUUGCUACUGAGAAAGGUCCUAGGGUUGUUGUUGU